AGGAGCGCCAAGGGCAGGGCUGGGCAGGGCCGGGCAGGGCAGGACGCACGGGGCCGUGGACAGGGCUUUGCGCUCGGGCUACCCAAUGCUGGGACUAUCCGCCGCCGCCGCUCGUGCAAUAUGCUGGAGCUCCAGAACAGCUAAACGGAGUCGCCACACCGCUGCCUGGGCUGGAUCGCAGCGCUGCCUUUCCUUAUGAAGAAGACACAAACUUGGAUUAUCACUUGCAUUUAUCUUCAACUGCUCCUGCUUAAUCCUCUUGUCAAAAGUAAAGAGAUCUGCGGGAACCCUGUGACUGAUAAUGUAAAGGACAUCACAAAAUUGGUGGCGAAUCUUCCAAAAGACUAUAUGAUAGCCCUCAAAUAUGUCAACGGGAUGGACGUUUUGCCUAGUCAUUGUUGGUUAUAUGGCACGGUAACACAAUUAUCAGUCAGCUUGACUACUCUUCUGGACAAGUUUUCAAAUAUUUCAGAAGGCUUGAGUAAUUAUUCUAUCAUAGACAAACUUGUCAAGAUAGUGGAUGACAUUGUGCAAUGCAUGGAUGAAAACACCCCCAAGACCGUAAAAGAAUCAUCUAAGAGGCCAGAACAAAGGUCCUUUACUCCAGAGGAAUUCUUUAGAAUUUUUAAUAGAUCCAUUGAUGCUUUUAAGGACUUUGUGGUGGUAUCAGACACUAGUGAUUGUGUGCUUUCGUCAACAUUAAGUCCUGAGAAAGAUUCCAGAGUCAGUGUCACAAAACCAUUUAUGUUACCCCCCGUUGCAGCCAGCUCCCUUAGGAAUGACAGCAGUAGCAGUAAUAGGAAGGCCGCAAAGCCCAGUGGAGACUCUGACCUGCAGUGGGCAGCCAUGGCAUUGCCAGCCUUCUUUUCUCUUGUAAUUGGCUUUGCUUUUGGAGCCUUUUACUGGAAGAAGAGACAAUCAAAUCUUACAAGGGCUGUUGAAAAUAUACAGAUUAAUGAAGAGGACAAUGAGAUAAGUAUGUUGCAAGAAAAAGAGAGAGAAUUUCAAGAAGUGUAAUUGUGGCUUGUAGCAACACUGUUACCAUCAUACACUGGCUGGUAACAGUUCAUGUUUGCUUCAUAAAUGAAGCAGCUUUAAACACAUUCCUAUUCUGUCUCAAGCGACAGACCUCACCUCUACCUGUUCUUUCUACCCAUGACUCUGUACGGAUGAUUCAGAAAUUGGAGCAGCGUGUUCAGCUGUGAACCUGGCACUGGUUACUCCUCUGUACAGAAGAACUUGCAUGGAGCAGCACUCUGUUUUAAGGACGUGGGGGCCUUGCCAGGAACGAUGGGGAAGAGAGCCGGUGUCCUAAUCCAUACACACCAUUUGCAUGGCUCUAGAAAUGUGUAUGCUAAAACUCCUCCCAGCUUUAUUCUUCAGUUACAGUCCUCAGUCUUUUAGUAGUCCUGGUCUCUGCAAGUACAUUUCAGCCUGGAUAGCAGGGGUGAUUAUUAUUAUUAUUAUUUUCUCAAAGCGUUUUAGAAAACAACUGUAGAAACAAAACUUGGUAGCAUCAGCCACUGGGCCGAGUGGUAAGUAGUGGGGAGGUGGCAGGCCCGUCAGUACUGUGGCUGCUGAUUUGUGGGAAGAGCCGAACUUGUGCUCUUCCUGACCUAGAUCCCCCUAGGAAAAUGGACACGAUGGGUUGCUUCUGUCCACGCCAGGAAGCCAGUGCUGAGUCAUAAUUGUGAUGCCCUGGCAUAGGGAAGAUGCUGAGCAAGAUUCAGCACAGGAAGAAGCUAUGAACACUGACUAGUGGAAGAAUGUGCCAAGGAAGACAUUUGGCCCCUAGUGAAGCCAGUCUUUUCCCUUAACCACUCUAGAGUGUAUAAAUCAUGUUUGCAAAAUAUAUUAUGACAUGUUUAUAUUCUGAAACUAUUACAGAGCUAUGUAAUAGACUUGGGAGUAAAAUGCUGAAUGUAUGAAGGUCCUGUUUUGUCUUUUUUUUUAAUUUCCACCAUCAGAAAGAGUAAAAAUAAAUUAUGGUAUUUAGUACCUAAGGUUAGAAGCCACACCAUAUACUAAUAUGGGUGUUGAAAACUAGGUAGUUGGGAUUGUACAAGAAUGCAAGGAAUCAGGAAACUUUAGUUAUUUAUAGUAUAAUCACCAUUAUCUCUUUAAAGGAACCAUUUAUUUAAAAUCAGGCACUCUAUAUCCAUUAAGGUUUAUGAAAUAAAAACAAAAAGAGAUUUAUGUAUUUAUGCAUGUCAAUUUACUAUUUAAAGUAUGUGACAGAAUUUCUCAUAGUAGAGUGAAUUUGGAAGGAAUUCCCAAGAUGGACAUUUUGCUUUUAAAGACACUGUGGAAUUCACUUUGUCAAUGUUUUUUAUAGUGAAAAAAACAACUGGCUGGUCAAAGAAUGGUUUUAUUUUGAUGAGGGUUCUUUUAACACAUGAUGAUCAAACACAUCAAAGAAUCCACAGCUUUUCCUCCUAAUUUAAUCCUUGUGAGAACUUUUUUUUGCCAUGUGCUAUAACUAGAAGAUCCAUUUUCAAUGUGGUUAUGCAAAAAGGAAUCCAUAAAUGAGCCACUAGCUCUUCUUUUAUUUUAAAGGCCCAAGAACUUCUAGUAUGGUUGGAUUUUAGCUUAUAGUCAAAGCUCAUACAAAAACAACUCUGGAAUGUGGCCUCAGCUCUUUUUUACACCAAAGAGUACAAAUGAUUUCUGAAGUCCCCAUCUUCUCUAAUGUGUGUGCCUCUUAAGGCACUAAUCAUUUCUGUGAGAUACAAACCAAGUGCAUUGGCAACCUGCAUGCACUGGUCCAAGCUCAUGGCAAAAUGACUAGUCAUAAAACUCAAGGUCAGUUCAAUUGCUGAAAGGACCUGUCUCAGUGUGUGGCAUUGAUUGCUUUGGGGAAAACACACAGAGGUUGUCAUGAGUCAUAUGUAUCUGUGUAUAGACUGAGAAUAUUGUUACUUCCCAGUUUGAUGACUUGAUUUAUUUAUUUGAUGGUUUCAAUUUUCUUGGACUUAUGAAAAUGCUGUUUACUGAGUUUAAGCACACAAUAAAUUUUGUUCUCAGAGCUAGUAGUAGGAUUUGAAUACACAAGGACACAGUCUUAGUUGAUAGAGCUGAGUAAACACAUUUAAUAGGCUAUGAAAUCUGACAUGGUAAGGCAGGAGAUAUGUGUCCUGCCUAUUAGUUGUAUUGGCUCAUGAAGAGUUAUGCAGAUGGUCAUUUUCUAAUACACUAAGGUUCAUUAAUAUGCAUGAACAAGAGAAAGAUGGUGAACAUCAUUUUGGAUACUAUCUACUCGGACAUUAACUAUGGCAUAUCUGCUUUCAGAUAAUAAUACAUAUCUUUGCAUAUUUUAUUCCAUAUGUAUUCUGGAUAUUCUUUUUCUUAAAUUAUGAAAAGCUCACAAUUGAGAAGAUCCUGAAAUCACCUUUUAAACAGGUUCCAUGCAUCUGAGUCUCUUUUGUAAUGUCGAAAAUUGCCUUUUAGUCAAAAUGAUCUAAGAAAUCUGUGGAGUCUAAGUUAUAUGGAAAGCUUUCUGCACCUCUUUGGUAGAAACCAAAUCCAGCUCCAUGACUAAUGUGACUUGGCAGCCAUGGUCAAGUGUUCUGAUACUGUAUGAUAAUCUAAUGUGUUUACCCUACUGCCACUUUUACUGAGUCAGAAGAAAAUUGUUUUUCAAUAUGAAAAUGAAUGCAUAACUUGUAUUCUGAAAGAAGUUUCACAUGUGUGAAAAAUUAAUACAUGAAAAGUAUGUGUCCACCAUGAAGUAUGUGCUUUUAGCAAAGACUAUAACCCGUCCUAGUGAGUAUUUCUAUUCUUUGGAGAAACAGUGUGGCACAUUUUGGUACUUUAAUCCAUUGAAGUUAUAAAUGAACAACAAAAAAAAGCCAUUCUGGAAUAAUGGGUAUUUCUAAUGUGUUUCUUUGAUAUAUCUUAAUUUCAAGAUUUGAUUUUGAUAUGGGACUUCUAGCAAUUCCAUGCAUAUUCUUCAUAAAAAAAAAAAAAAGAUCUUCAAAGAGCAGUUUGGCAUA